CCUUUUUACUGAAGUGCUGAAUCAGCACCUUUCAGUAAACAAGCUUAGCUAGCUUCCCUGCUCCCUCCUGCACUACCUAGAGGGUCUUCACUCAUGGACACCAACAGCUCCGACGCAGUGAUCAGACAGAACCUUCUGGAUAGGCUCCUACAUGCUGUCAAACAGGUACAGGUGCAUUUUGGAGCCAGACAAGAGAUUGCCACAGAAACAGACAUACGAGUGUCGACGCUGUGUACAGAGUGGGAGGCGGUCCUACUUCACGGUCAGAGAAAGCCCAAGCCUAAGCGUAUAGUUCCACCCACUCGAAGUGGAGGGCUGGGAACGCUAUGGGCUCUGGCAAAACUGGCAUCUAGUCAGGAGGAGCUCCAACGAUUUCUUCAAUUAGAGAACACCAAAACAGAAAUUGGCCGGGGGAGGGCGUGGCUUCGAGCGGCUAUUAACGAGCGUACACUCGAGAACUACAUGCACACCAUCCUCGGCAGUGAUCAGGGUCUAAGAGGUCUGUACUUGGAGAAUGCGUUUGUACUCGACUUGGAGCGAGCAAGUAUGCUCCCAGUAAUGGCUGCUGGCCUCUGCUCUAUUAUAUUCUCCAUACCCAUCGACGUUGACUACCUUAACACCUCCACUCGGGUGGACGUCCCCCUGGAGGCCACGCCCCCUCCUGUCCUAAACCAUCCCCCCACCAUUAUCAAUCGGAUGGCAGACAACAAUGAUGAUGGAGAUGAUAGUGAUGAUGUGGUGGCUGUCAAUGCAAAGGAAAGAAAGAAAAAGAAGAAGAAACCUCGUCCUCAGCAAAACGAUAGUUCAGUAAAAUUGAGUGAGGAAGGAGUUAAACCUGAAAGCACUAAGGAAGUGGUUACACCUAACAACAGUGAUCAUUACAUCAGUGUGCACACAAAGGAAUUGGACACACCCCCUAUUGGAGAGAGUGCAUCCUCGUCAUCAAGUAGACUGAGUAUCAACGAGGAAGGGGUUUCCCCCAUGUAUGUUUCAUUUGGAAUUGAGCCAGUAUCACAUGACUUUGGUAUGUACGAGACUGAAGCGGCCGUCAAUGCAACGGCUCUUGUGUUGUCGGCGACGACCAGUCAGCCUGUAGAGGGUGUGAUGAGUUUGGAGAGUGGAGAGACCAAAACCAAGAUGUCCGCUGAGGAGUUGAGGGAAGCUGUGCUAGUGUUAGUCAAGGCAAAGAAAGAGUUGGAGGAUACAAACAGUCAUCUUCGAGGGAUGGUUGCAGAGCUUGAGUCCACUCGUAGUCAGCUGCUGUCGGACCUUGAGGGAUCGACCAAUGAGAUUGCAUCGCUACGAGAGUUGCAUACGAGUCAGCUGGCGGGGCUAGAGAGAGAGAAUGAUCUUCUGAGAGAGCAACUCAAGAAGUACGUGGGUAUGGUGCGUAACUCCACCCACCAGAGCAAUGAGAGUCUUGUACCCAGUUCAACUGAGACCGAGGGACAGGAGCAGAAGUUGGCACAGAUGGCUGAGAUGUACGGAGAGCUAAUGGAGUUAAACGAGCGACUCCACAAGACAAUGGCUGGUAAGGACACUCUUAUAACAACUCUGGUGGCCUCCAUCACAGAGGCUGGACUACAGCUCCCUGUUCCUGCUGACAGUCUCCCCCCUGGUGCACUGCAACCUAAGUCACUGGUUGAUAUGUGGAUCCCUUCGGCCAUCAAAAAGGGGCGUGGUCCAGAAGGCCACCACGUCUACCAAGUGUUUGUACGAGUGAGAAAGGAAGAGUGGAAUGUGUAUCGUCGCUAUGCAGAGUUCAGAGAGUUCCACACACAACUAGCCAAACAUCUCCCACAGGUCAACUCAUUCAACUUUCCACCCAGGAAAACCAGAAACAAGACUUCUCAUUUGGUAGAGGAGCGACGACUAAAGCUUCAGGACUACCUCCGUCAAGUGGUUCACCUGUGUUCCACCACACCAGUCUCAGUGAUGAAGGGAAAGAAGCAGCAGCAAAAGGAGGGAGUGGGUAACUCUUCUCCUAUCAUACAGGCAGACAUCAACAAGGCUUCCUUUGUUCACUUAUUCCCAUUCUUCAGAGAGGAUUUGUAUGUGGACAGCACCCAGCGACCCUCCAACCCAUCCUACAGUGGACUGUGAACUUUGUACUGUGUGUUUAUAAUUAUAGUUUGUCUGUGUUUGAUUUCUUUUGCACACACAACUUGGCAACGUUAACGAACAUGACAAGAAAUUUUUAUUAAAAAAAUAUAAUAA